CACAGACCAUAUGCUGAAGACCUCCCUAUGGACCUGAAAGCCAUGGCCGUGAUCAUUUGAAAAGCUGGAAGAGCACCAUUGAAGUCUAUAGAAAAAAAGUUUUUAUAUCUGUGGCAUUUGCCAAAGCAAGAAGAGGAACAUGUCAGAAAGUUCAAAAACCCUGGACGGCACCAAAACAAAUACCGGAAAGCGAGAGAAGGAAGAUGUUCUGCCUUGCACAGGCCAAGCUAAGACGUGUGUCCUUGAACCUAGUUCAAAGAUCCCGAACGACACCAGAAUAGAUACCGGAAAGCGAGAGAAGGAAGAUGUUCUGCCUUGCACAGGUUCAAACCUAGACCAAGCUAAGACGUGUGCCCCUGAGCAUACCUGACCCCUUUCAAGUUGCCCACGCCUGCUAUACAUGGUCCAUAAUUUCAGGCAGAUGCCGGGGUGCUGGAUGAACAGCAAGAAACAAGACAGAAGAAACCUAAAAACAUCUGCAGCUGGAACAUUGUAUUACUGGGACAGGCAGGUGUUGGGAAGAGUGCAAGUGGCAACACAAUCUGGGGGGGAAAUCCUGUAUUUAAAUCAUAUCGAAGUUCUGUACCUGUUACAAAAAUGUGUCAGGAAGUACAGUUGCAAAUACAAGGGAUAAAGGUGAGGGUCAUUGAUACCCCAGACUUCUUCUAUGACAAUGUUGACACACAAUCAGACACACAUGUUAAGGAAUGCAAAAAAUACCUCAGUGAUGAGUCUGUGUGCUUGUUGGUGAUUAAAAUUGGCCGAUUCACGAAGGGUAAGAGAGAGAUAUUAAACCAGUUGGAAGAUGCCUUUGAUAGUAAAAUCAGAGCGAAAACUAUUGUCCUCUUUACUCAUGGAGAGGACCUGAAAAACAUGACCAUAGAGAUGUUUAUCCAGUCAGACCAUCAUCUUCAACAGAUAGUUGAGCUCUGUGGGAACAGUUACCAUGUGUUCAGAAACACUGACCCAGACCGUCAUCAGGUGAUGGAGCUGAUGGAGAAGAUCUGCAAAGUCCUAGGCCAUGAGCAGAGUUUCACAGAGUUAAAAAACCAGUUGUCCCCAGAGUUCAAUGAGUGUGGGAGAAAACAAACGAAUAUGUCUCAAGACUCCCAAUAUAAGGUAAAUCAAAUAAAACAGCUCUGCCUACUUCUCUAACUUUCAUUGUGUUAACAAAGAUUAAUUCAAUGUCACCAAUGAUUGCUUUGGGUCACUUUGUGUGUCCUUGUGACUAAAGUUGUGUAUUAGUGAGAUUUUUACUGUGCUGUGUAUUAUACCAAAUGUCUUUCCAUUGAUUGAAUCUACGUCGCCAUGCAUUUAUAGUGUUGCAUAAAGUUACUGACAGACAUACAGAUUUAAAACACAAAUUAUAAUACUUGGGUUUAUUGGCUUAAUUAUCAGGCUUGAGGUGAAACAGACUAACAUUAUCCAGCCAAGAUGAUUUUUUUAAAUGUAAUUUCAUGUAAUGUAAUGUAUAUACUGUAAUGCAAAUAAGCUAAUUUUAAUCAAUGGCUCAAUCUUUACUAGUUUUUUUCAAUCAGGUUUACUUAGUACUCAUAGAUAGUACUCAUAAUAACUAUGCUUUUUGACAACAGAAAUUUAGUCACACAAUAAUUCUAGUAGAUUUGUUAUGUCAGUAAAUGUGUUUAGGCAUUAAUUCAUAUUAAAUUGUUUACUAAGGUUUGAUAACCCUGAGAAAUUGAAACCACUGACCUAAAUCGCUACACUUAAGCAUGCAAAUAAAAUGUGUCGAACUAAUUUGCCCAAUAUUCAGUCAUAUGACAAUAUACUUUGGCAAUUAAUGUUUAUGCAUUUGCUUUGUGAAACAGCAGCUGUCUUUGAAGCUAAGAAGUAACAUUGUGUAUAUAAUAAUAAUGGAGGGGAUUCAUAUAGUGUUUUUCCAGGUGCUCCAAAUGUUUCUGCUGGGGGAACUGCAUCUCACUGACCUUGGUCUAGGAAAGGGUUAUAUUUCACCAACACAGGGAAAACAAAACUCAUUGAACAAUUUAUUCAUCAAUAGAAAAUCCAACCACAGGGUUCAGUGCAGUGCUCGAGAUGUGGUGGUGCUAAUCCCUCUUCUAUGAGGAGUACCAGAACCUACAGUUGAAGUCGGAAGUUUACAUACACUUAGGUUGGAGUCAUUUAAACUUGUUUUUCAACCACUCCGCACAUUUCUUGUUAACAAACUAUAGUUUUGGCAAGUCGGUUAACACAUCUACUUUGUGCCUGACACAAGUCAUUUUUCCAGCAAUUGUUAACAGACAGAUUAUUUCACUUAUAAUUCACUGUAUCACAAUUUCAGUGGGUCAGAAGUUUACAUACACUAAGUUGACUGUGCCUUUAAACAGCUUGGAAAAUUCCAGAAAAUGAUGUCAUGGCUUUAGAAGCUUCUGAUAGGUUAAUUGACACAAUUUGAGUCAAUUGAAGGUGUACCUGUGGAUGUAUUUCAAGGCCUACCUUCAAACUCAGUGCCUCUUUUCUUGACAUCAUGGGGAAAUCAAAAGAAAUCAGCCAAGAUCUCAUUUUCAUCCUUGGGAGCAAUUUCCAAAUGACUGAAGGUACCGCGUUCAUCUGUACAAACAAUAGUACGCAAGUAUAAACACCAUGAGACCACGCAGCCGUCAUACCGCUCAGGAAGGAGACGCGUUCUGUCUCCUAGAGAUGAACGUAGUUUGGUGCGAAAAGUGCAAAUCAAUCCCAGAACAACAGCAAAGGACCUUGUGAAGAUGCUGGAGGAAACGGGUACAAAACUAUCUAUAUCCACAGUAAAACGAGAAUGCCAAGCGUGUGCAAAGCUGUCAAGGCAAAGGGUGGCUACUGAAGAAUCUCAAAUAUAUUUUGAUUUGCUUAACACUUUUUUGAUUACUGCAUGAUUCCAUAUAUGUUUUUUCAUAGUUUUGAUGUCUUCACUAUUAUUCUACAAUGUAAAAAAUAAAGCAAAACCCUGGAAUGA